AUGGAUGGGCCCUUUGGUGCCGUCACUCAGACUCUUUUGAAGCUUGGAUCGUGUCCGAUAGAAAAUCUCGCACAUUCAUCAAUGGCAGACCUCGAAGGCUUUGAUCUGCCUGGUGUCUCCCCGGACAUAGAGCUUCUUCCUGUCUCCUCUAAAUCAUCUCUGGAUCAAACCUUAGUGGUUUCGGAAGACAAGGAGAGCCAAAAAUUGUCCUCUUCCAUGCAGUUCGUGGCUCAGUUAUACCAGACUUGCGUCAGAGCUUUCGGUAACGCCGAAGCCCUGAAAUUUGAAUUUAUUGAAGAAACUGGUCAAGAAAAUCAGAAGAUGUGCGUUUUGACGAUAACGAGGCCUAAUGGUCAAACACGGUCCUAUAAGACAGAUCCCGAAUUCUCAAGAAAGAGCGACGCCAAAGCUCAGGCGGCCGCCCGUGCUAUAGAAUUGGGCGCCGUUGAUUUCAUUCUACACGGGAAUAAAGACACUUCAAACCCACGCCAAAGGGUUGUUCUAGCACCUCUAAACUCAACCGCCCCUAAAUCGGAAGCAAAAGUCAAGGAAGAGGAUCCGGUACCCGACGAGAUCAUAGAUGAUGAUGCCAGUAAACAAAUCGAAGCCCUCUGCGUGGAGUGGCGAGCCAGUCGGAUUCAACCCCGAUGGCGACCUUUCCGAGAGUUUACAGCGUCGCCGAACUGGGGUUCCGUGUUGGUCAUCGAGCUAUCACCUCACUCGCAACGGCUCUACUCUGUUGAACCGACUCAUGCCUCUCAAGCGUUGGCAAAGAAAGCGUGCUCCGAGACUGCAUUGCAGCAAGGAGUAAUCGAUUUUAUAAAGUACGGAAACGGCCAAACAGCGCCUGCGCCUGUUGUAACAGAUGCUCUCGACGAUGCUGCGUCUAGACAGGUUCCGAGUUUCGAUAGGGGACGUGGAUCAGCUAUUUCCUUGCAAUCCUUCUUUGAUAGCUUACCGAAACCGUUUCCGGAACCAAUCGGCGAUAAUGCUUUGGUAACGAAUAUCAAUGCGCCUGGAAUGCUUAAUACCACUUUGCAGCAAGCUAGAGGAGCACGUUUGAACUUUCAAUUCUAUUACCUCAGUGAAUGUGGCCUGCACGGAUGUAUUCUACGAUUAGAUCGUCCAGAGGAGAUGAGGACCUACAUGGUAGAUCCAAGAUUUACUAAACGGACUGAUGCAAAGUCUGCCGUUUGUCUGAGAGCGAUGUCACAAGGAGUUGUCCCAUAUAUCCGCUCACUCGCAAGCGCAAUCGAUAACAGAAUUACUUCUGAGAUGCGAAAGCAAGCGAACGAACGGAUACUACCCAUCCUUGGCUCUGAAUAUGGAAGACUUCGACAUGGAAUGCACCCGGCGUAUGACUUUAACCAUGACCAAGGCGCAUUCGGCUGUACUAUGACUCUCUCACUUUCUUCGGGUUCAAACCCAGAUGAGGUGAAGUCAUGGUCUGUAAAGCCUGAGUAUCGAACGAAAACAGAUGCAAAGAUUGCUGUUGUAUGCGCCGCCGGAGUAGAAGCCAUUGAGUUUGUCCGCUUCCGGGGCGAGCCUCCUCCACCAGACCACGAUCCGUUCAAACCAUACAAGCGACGAGAGCGCGAGGGAUCGUCCGAACAGCAGCGACCAAAUCCCAAGCGACCGAACACUACAAGUGGUCUCGUACGUCUCGGACCAUCCACAAACGUUCCCCUUCUAGAGACAAAAGAGGAGGCAAAAGCUCGGCAGGUGGCAACUGCAAGGUGGAAACAUGACCGAUUUCCUCCGUCGCGAACGCAUCGCGGACAGUAUCAACGCUCUCGCAAUCUUACACAGACACUUCAGCCCUUCUCCAACUCUCAUUACUCUCGAGAAUAUCAAGUGAACGAAACGUCUACUUACCUUCCUUAUGACGAUCCUCCUUCUCCUUCGACUGCUAAAAGCCAGAAAGCUAAUACUUCAACACGAACUUACCAUCAUCAGGAGCUCCAGAACAACCAUUACCACGAAGCACACGCUCAUUCAACCUCUCACCCAACUUCUUCAGAAUAUUCACGAGCAGAAAUUGAAAGAUUACGUCCUCCACGAAGAUCGCAGCGGCGUACUCAGCAGCUUACACAACAUUCCUUACCUUCUGCUGACCAAUCUUCUUAUGCUGCGUCUGAACCCUUACCGCAGACCUCGCCACCAGCACAGCAUACUAUUCCGCAAAGUCCGUCUCAGCCGACUUCGUAUCAAUUCAUACACUAUGGUGCUGUAUCGCAGCCGAGUCCGCCUGCGCCUCAGCAAUCGGCCCCUUAUCCCUCCGUUCCUUAUCACCCUGGUUAUGUACAAGCUCCCUAUUCCUAUCCGGUUCAGCAGAAUCCACAUCCGUAUAAUGGUUAUCCCUAUCCUAUGACACAUGUUCCUCCUACAACGCCACCUACGUAUGGUGUACCAGCUUAUCCCGCAUACACGGCAUACUACGCCGAUCCACGGUACGCGCAGUACGCGCAGUACCCUCAAUAUGCAAUGUCUGCAGCGCCAUUUGCAUAUGCAGUACCCGUAGCGCCUCCCACUCCGGGUGUGCCGUAUCCUGCUCCACCUCCGCCCGCACCGGCGCAACCGCAACCGCAAUCACAGCUAACGGCGCCUGAAGAAUCUAAACAGGAAAGUGCGAGUUUACCAACACCACCCGGUUCGGAUGAACCCGCUGAGAGCAGCGCUCGUAGGACUGAAAUAGCCGCUGGCGCGUCUGGAUUGCCGCGAGCUGCGUCAUUCAGUUCGGAGAGUGAUCGCCAUAAGCGACCUAGAUCUCGAGACAUGUCAAUGUCGCCGGACGAUUUGCAACUGCAUAAGAAACAUCGGUCCGAGUCGUCCAUAUCGUCGAGUGUGAAGCGGGAAUCUGCGAAUAGCACACCUAUUCUUAAGACUCCUGUGUUAGAAUCUAAAGAUAGCUUGCUGUUGUCGAAUGUGGAACAACUUAUCCAAUACUGCGAAUCAAACGGGCUAGUGGAGCCUGAGUUUGUAUCGAAACAGGCGAAGAAUGAACUUGGCCAGUCUGAGUUUAAGGUAUGGAUCGUAAUGGGGACUGAACGGCUUGAGUUGCCCAUCCUGUUCCAGUCUGAGAAUGAAGGCAGACAGCGGGUGGCUAAACAGGUACUUCAGCGCCUCAAGUCUCAGUCUCAGACCAACGGCAAAUAA